CCUGCCUCCGUCAGUCAUCCUCCCAGGUAACUCUGGUCCAGACAAUGCGCGGCUGGCAACUGCUGCUGUCCGUGUAGUUGGCUCUCUACAGGGCCUUCUCCCACACAGUAUACCUCAUCCUCCGACUGCUAGAGACAAUCCGCAUGCGGAGCGGUCAUCGCGCGCACCGUGGCGAAUUUUCACUUGAUUUUCUGUCGCAGAAAAGAGUGGUCCCUAUAGCUUGCCAGUAUUUCGGAAUAUGGUGGUCCUUGUUAAAUAUGAAUGAGUUCUAAUUUUUUACGUCUUAAAUGGCAGUGAUGGAUACAGUUUUAGAAUCCGCAUGAAAAUUGAAGUUUUGCGUUUCGUUUUAUUCAUUAAAGCUUGCAAAAUGCGUCGUGUCUGAAGCAGAAUCUACGGUCUCGACCAAAUCAGCCCAGGACCUGCGUAUGAAAAAAGCAAACCCGUGCUUUCCUAAUAUUUAGCAAACAUUGCAUUUGGCUUGCAUUCACCCCCAGUUUUGGAUUGAUCGGUUGCGUCAGCGUUGGAAGCGGCUGUGGAGAACCCCAUAGCUUUCGGCAUGAUUUGAUGUAACUGGAUUUUUUAACAGGGUAACUGGAUAUCUCUUACCUUUUAACUGAGAACAGCUACAUUCAAGUCAAGAAGCAAACUCCAUCAAGAGAUAGAUCCAUCCCUAUAUGGACUAAAUCUUGGUUCUUCGGGAUUUAAAACUAGCAAAUCACACGCAUCUUGUUCGGCGCUUCUUGGGAAAAUAGCCUUAAACUGUGGGAGACAUGAAAGUUGUUUCAGCAGUGUUGUUCCUUGCCAUAAUUUGGAGUCAGGAGUGGGAGCCCGUGCUUUCUGAUUCAAUCAUACACAUCGGGGCCAUCUUUGAUGAGUCUGCCAGGAAGGACGACGAGGUGUUCCGCAUGGCCGUGGCGGACCUCAACCUCAACAAUGAGAUCCUGGAGACUGAGAAGAUCACCAUCUCUGUGGAGUUUGUGGAUGGGAACAACCCUUUCCAGGCAGUCCAGGAAGCCUGUGAGUUGAUGAACAGGGGGAUCCUGGCUCUUAUUAGCUCAGUUGGCUGUAUGUCGGCGGGCUCCCUGCAGACGCUGGCGGACGCCAUGCACAUCCCGCACCUGUUCAUCCAGCGUGCCCCCGCCGGCACCCCUCGCUCCAGCUGUCCUCUCGUCAGCCGCGGUCGCCAGGACGACUACACCCUCUUCGUUCGCCCGCCCGUCUACCUCAACGACGUCAUCCUCCAAGUGGUCAACGAGUACAGCUGGCAGAAGUUCAUCAUCUUCUACGACCAGGAAUACGAUAUCCGUGGGAUCCAGGACUUCCUGGACAAGACGUCUCAGCAGGGCAUGGACGUGUCGCUGCAGAAGGUGGAGUCCAACAUCAACAUGAUGAUCACCAGCAUGUUCAGAACCAUGAGGGUGGAGGAGCUCCACCGCUACCGGGACACGCUGCGCCGGGCCGUGCUCUUCAUGAGUCCUGUCACCGCCAAGGCCUUUAUCACUGAGGUUGUGGAGACGAAUCUCAUGGCAUUCGACUGUCACUGGAUCAUCAUCAAUGAGGAAAUCUCAGACCAGGACGUCCAAGAACUGGUGAUGAAGUCAAUUGGGCGUCUGACCCUGAUCAGGCAGACCUUCCCCCUGCCCCAGAACACCAGCCAGCGCUGUGUCAAGCACAACCACCGCAUCAACACCUCCCUCUGCGACCCCAAGGACCCCAAAGCUCAGACACUGGAGAUCACCAACCGCUACAUCUACGACACAGUGCUGCUAUUGGCCAACACUUUCCACAGGAAGCUGGAGGACAGGAAGUGGCACAGCAUGGCCAGCCUCACCUGUAUCCGCAAAAACUCUAAGCCCUGGCAAGGAGGACGGCCUAUGCUGGACAAUGUCAAAAAGUCUGGAGUGAGUGGUCUGACUGGCUUCCUGGAGUUUACAGACAACGGAACCAACCCCAACAUCUACUUUGAGAUCCUGGGGACCAACUAUGGCGAGGACAGGGGCAGGGGUGUCAGUAAGCUGGCCACCUGGGACCCAGUGCACGGCCUCAACGGAACGCUGACAGACAGGAAGCUGGAGAACAACAUGAGGGGCGUGGUUCUGCGAGUGGUCACUGUCCUGGAGGAGCCCUUUGUGAUGGUGUCAGAGAAUGUCCUUGGGAAGCCUAAGAAGUACCAAGGUUACUCCAUCGACGUACUGGAUUCCCUCUCUAACUACCUGGGCUUCAAGUACGAGAUAUAUGUGGCCCCUGACCAUAAGUAUGGGAGCCAACAGUCCGACGGGGUCUGGAACGGACUGAUGGGAGAGCUGGUCGCCAAGCGGGCAGACGUGGGUCUCUCGGCUCUCACUAUCACGCCAGAACGGGAGAGUGCGGUGGACUUCACCACACGCUACAUGGACUACUCGGUGGGUGUGCUGCUCAGGAAGGCCGAGCGUACCGUGGACAUGUUCGCCUGCCUAGCGCCCUUUGACCUGUCGUUGUGGGCGUGCAUUGCGGGCACCGUGCUGCUGGUGGGCAUCCUGGUCUACCUACUCAACUGGUUGAACCCGCCGCGCCUGCCCAUGGGUGCUGUCUCCUCCACCACCUUCUACAAUUCCAUGUGGUUCGUCUAUGGAUCCUUCGUCCAGCAGGGUGGUGAAGUUCCGUAUACCACCCUGGCCACAAGGAUGAUGAUGGGGGUAUGGUGGCUCUUUGCUCUAAUCGUCAUCUCCUCCUACACGGCCAACCUGGCUGCCUUCCUCACCAUCACCCGCAUCGAGAACUCUAUCCAGUCUCUCCAAGACCUUUCCAAGCAGACAGAGUUGCCGUACGGGACGGUGUUGGACUCGGCUGUGUAUGAGCAGGUGCGCAGUAAGGCCAUGAACCCCUUUGAGAGGGACCCCAUGUACUCCCAGAUGUGGCGCAUGAUCAACCGCACCGGAGGGGCCGAAAACAACGUGGACGAGUCCAAGGAGGGCAUCCGCAAGGUGAAGUACGGGCGUUUUGCCUUUGUGUGGGAUUCGGCGGUGCUGGAGUAUAUGGCCAUCAACGACGAGGACUGCUCCUUCUACACUGUGGGGAGCAAUGCACCAGAUCGGGGCUACGGCUUCGCCAUGCAGCACGGCAGUCCAUACAGGGACAUCUUCUCCCAGAGGAUCCUGGAGCUGCAGCAGAACGGGGACAUGGACAUCCUGAAGCUGAAGUGGUGGCCCCGGGACAGCCCAUGUGACCUGUACUCAGCGGUGCACACCAAACACCGCGGCAGUGCCCUGGACAUCCACAGCUUCGCCGGCGUGUUCUGUGUGCUAGCGGCCGGAGUGGUGCUCUCCUGUGUCAUUGCCAUGGUGGAGACCUGGUGGACUAGGAGGAAGGGCUCACGAGUCCCCUCCAAGGAGGACGAUAAGGAGAUCGACCUGGAGCACCUUCACCGCCGGGUUAACAGCCUGUGCGCGGAGGACGACAGCCCCCACAAGCAGUUCUCCACCUCCUCUAUUGACCUGACGCCCCUGGACAUGGACUCUAUGCCGGCUGCCCGGCAGGCCCUGGAACAGAUCAGCGACUUCCGCAACACGCACAUCACCACCACCACCUUCAUCCCCGAGCAGAUCCAGACCCUCAGCCGCAGCCUGUCCACCAAGGCCCAACAGGGCUUCGCCUUCGGUCCCGUGCAGGACCACCGGACUGGGGGAACCUUCAGGCAGAGAGCCCCCAACGGUGGCUUCUUCCGCAGUCCCAUCAAGACAAUGUCCUCCAUACCCUACCAGCCCACUCCCCAGCCCAACUUCAGCUACGGCAACGACCCCGAUCGGGGUACAUCCAUAUGAGGAGGAGGAGGAGGCCACAUAGUGAGAGAGAUGUAAACAAAUACACUCACAAAGCUCUAUGUACAUAGGAAUUUUUCAGUUCAGUUUUUUUUUUU